AUUGCUUGUGGUCAGUCUCUAUAAAUCCAGUAGUCAGAAGUAUAAGGAAUUUGAAGCCCAGGUGAAAAGUGAAUCCCAGAAGGUUUACAACUACACUUACAAAGAACGAGAAGAUAUUAAUCCUCAUGUGGUGGCGUUUUAUAACUCCUUUCUCCUGUAUGGGGAAGCUCUAAAGGAGACAGUUGAAGACGGAGACGAUUACAAAGACAGCACUCAAAUAAAUAAACGAAUCUUGAAUAGAACAUUUGAAGGUAUCAAUGGCCAACUGCUAAUCGACUUCAAAGGAGACCUAAAUGUCUACAUGACCCUACUUGACCUAGAUCCAGAUACCGGAGACUUUGUCGAAGUCGGCAGGGGUGCCGCUACGUCUUUUUAUUUCACUAACACCAAUGUCAUCCGGUGGCCAAAUAACCGAGGCCCGCCACCCAACAGUCCCCCGUGCGGCUUCCUUGGCGACGCACCAGAAUGCAGCAAUGCUGAGGAGAGCGUUCUGGUGAAGGUUCUAUCCGUGGUGUUUUCUGUUGUCAUCAUGCUCUUCUGUGUGGGCAUGCUCGUGGUAUACAGAAAAAUGAAGAGAGAUUCUGAGCUGUUCAGUAAUUGGUGGAAGAUUCCUUGGGAGGAUAUCACACGGUCGUCAAAUGUCAACACAAGAUUCUCAAGCCUGUGUCUCUCAGAAGCCAAGUUAAAAGGAUUAUCAGAUGGUAUGAGCAUAUUGGACAAAGAAGAACUACGCAUUGCAUACUAUAAGGGAACCAAAGUUUCAUUAUCAAAAUCAAAACGAAAACAAUUCACAACGAAUCGGAGACUUUUUAUGGAAUUAUUACAGUUACGAGACGUUAAUUGUCAUAAUCUGGCGAAAUUCUUUGGACUAACUGAAAGUGAAUCAGGAGUAUUUAUAGUAACAGAAUUCUGCUCACGCGGUGAACUAAGAGAUAUCCUGAGCAACGAAUCUUUCAAAUUGAACGUAGAGUUCUGUAUUUCAUUGAUAUGUGACAUUAUCCAGGCAAUGGAGUAUAUUCACUCCUCCAGUAUAAAGUUCCAUGGUCAUCUUAAUAGCCAGAAUUGCGUCAUCGACAGUAGAUUUGUCCUGAAGGUCACAGAUUAUGGCAUUCGGUCCAUCAGAGACUUCGAAAUUGACGAGUCUCGUGAAGAAUGUUUAUGGAUGGCUCCCGAGAUGCUCCGAAAGUUUUCAUUGAAGAGGGAAAUUUGGGAAAUGCAGAGUGCUGACAUAUACAGUUUCGGUAUCAUUCUGUAUGAAAUUCUGUCUCGGAAAGAACCAUUUGAGGAUGAUAAAGACUUUCUGACUUUGGAAGAAAUACUAGAAAAGCUAAAAGACUUUGACGAAACCCCGUUCCGGCCGAGACUAGACAUUGUAGAAAUAGACAAGGAUAUGGAGAUGUUAAUGAAGAGAUGCUGGGACGAAGAUCCCAAAGCAAGGCCCACCUUCUCCGCCAUUAGAAAGGAUUCCAGGAGACUACAAUGGAAUAAAUCUGGUGACAAGUUACUGGACACACUUUUAUCCCGGAUGGAGGAGUACGCUGAUAACUUGGAGGGUUUGGUAGAGGAGAGAACCCAGAAUCUGAUAGAAGAGAAAAUUCGGUCUGAGGAACUCUUAUACCAAGUUUUACCGAGGAGUGUUGCCAUUGAACUUAAGAGUGGUCGAGUUGUAGACCCAGAAGCCUUUGCAUGUGUGACCAUAUAUUUUAGUGAUAUCGUUGGCUUUACCCAACUUUCCUCUGAGAGCACACCGAUGCAGGUGGUGGAUCUUUUGAAUGACCUGUAUACCUGUUUUGACAGAAUUAUAGACAAUUAUGAUGUUUACAAGGUGGAGACUAUUGGUGACGCCUAUAUGGUUGUUUCCGGUCUGCCCCAGAGGAAUGGUGAUCAACAUUCAAUAGAAAUAGCCAGAAUGGCAAUAUCAGUCUUAGAGAACGUUAAGGUGUUCAAAAUCAGACACCGGCCAGACAUGCCAUUGCGCGCUCGGAUUGGAAUACAUUCAGGACCGGUGUGUGCUGGGGUGGUGGGACGUAAAAUGCCUCGGUACUGUCUGUUUGGGGACACCGUCAAUACGGCGUCAAGAAUGGAGUCCAACGGAGACGCAAUGAAAAUACAUGUCAGCGAAAGCACAAGGAAUUUACUCUGUAGAAGUCCUGAAUUCUUUCUUGAGGACAGAGGAGAACUACAGAUCAAGGCAAGUUAAAAAAAAAACAAGUCAAUAGAAAUUUUAUUAAAAGUUAUUAUCAAGAUGCUAAAAAAUUGUUUCUAGAUGCAAC